CUGCCCUGCUCCCCCCCAGGGACCAAUGCCCUCAGCCCCACACUGGCUGGGAUGGGACGUUGCCCCCCCCCCCGCCUCUCCCAGGCUCUGCCAAUGUUGUGACCGGUCACUGGGACCCCCACCUGGGCCAGCUCCGGUCGGGGUCCCGGGUUGAUGAUGGAAGGGAGGGGAGCAACAGCGACGACCCUGACCCUAAACUUGACCUUGACCCCUGCCCCACCGCUGUCCCUGGUGCUGGGGGCGGCAGGAGCCUGCCCCCCCCCUCCCCGUUGCUACCGGGAGGAGGCGGGCAACCGGUGCCGGUUCCUCAUCGGCGGGAUUGGCUGCGGUUCCGUGACGCGGCCCCGUUUUACCGAGGCGGGGUGUGUGUGUGUAGGGGGGGGUGGAACCGCUGCGGCGCCGCCGCAGAAGCCGCCGGGAUGAGCGCGGCCGAGGGCUGGCCCCGGUACCGGUGGGGCGGUGGAGGCGAGGCGGUGCUCCGUGCCCGUGCCGAGGCUGCCGGGUACCGGAGGCUGCUGCGCGCCCGCGCUGCCGAGGUGGAAGCGUUGCGCGGGGCCGUGGGCGCGUUGCACCGGCAGCUGGAGGGGCUGCGGGACCGGCGCAGCGGGGAGCUCGCCAAGUACCAGGAGCGGGUGGCGGAGCUGGAGCGGGAGAUCGGGGAGGCGGAGGCGGAGAUGGCCCGGUGCCUGCGGGAGUACCCGGCGCUGCUGCGGCUGCGGAUGGCGCUGGAGGCGGAGAUCGCCGCGUACCGGGAGAUGCUGGAGGGCGAAGAGCUGCGCCUGGGCUGCCUGGCCCCGCCGUGACGGGACCCCAGGCCCCGCUGCGGGACCCCGCGCCCGGGCCCCCGGGCCCCCGACUUCUGCGCCUCGGGGUCCCCUGAGCCCCCGCUCGCCCGCGCCCCGGGACCUCUGCCCCCGGACGCCCAGGCCGUGGGACCCCCGGACCCUCUGGACCCCUCUGGACUCCUGGAGCCCCGGUCCUUCUUGUCGCCCUGUGCCAUGCCCCCCACCUCCCCGGACUCCUGGGACCCCCGGCUACCGGGCUCCCCAGACCCCCGCCCCGGGAGGCCCCGGCCCCCCAAGAGGGCAACGCCCACGGGGCUGCACACUCUCACCAGCCUCUCUGGAGCAGCAGCGGGGUUGGGGUCCCGGCCCCGGCCCGUGCAGAAGCACCUCAAUAAAGCCCCGUGGCAUUA